AAAUAUAUUUUUCUUAAUUAUAUCUCGAUGAAUCUUAACUCAAGGUUUUUUUUUGCCAUUCACGUAUCUAACACGCAUUAAUAAACUGACUAUGACUUCAUCAUGUCUAAAAAAACCUUGAAAUCAGAAUCUAUAUAAAGCUAGCGUUCAGAACCAGUCGAACUAUUCGCAAGAAAACUGAGUAAAUAAGAUGAUAUUUUAUACGUUUAGUGUAAUUAGUGCUGUAGCAGUUGGAUUAUGCAUAGCAGAAGAACUUCCUGUAACUAUCUGCAAGCGAAAUUCUCCCAACUAUUCCAAUUGCUUAAAACUUGCAAUAGAAGAAGCAUGGCCACGAUUUGUUAAAGGACUUCCAGAAUUUGACUUUCCAUCUUUGGAUCCAUUAUCUUACGAAUACGGCGAAUUUGAAUUUCAGAGAAACGAGAUAUAUGGAAGAAUAAACCUGUCAAAUGUUAUUACUAAAGGUUUAACGAAUAUUAGUUUUUUAUCUGUGAAACCGCAUUUCCUCGAUGAUGGCUUUCGUUUGGAAAUUGAUACAAAUGUACCAAAAAUGUUUAUCAAAGGUAAUUGCAAGGCAGAAGGUAAAGUAGGCGGAUUUCAAAUGGGUGGAAAAGGACGCUUUAAUCUGACAUUAGAAAAUAUCAGAGGAACAUGGGAUUUAAUAGGGAACGUAACAAAUGAUAGGUGGACUGUAGAACGUUUCCAUUUCAUGCCAUCAGUUGGAAAUAUGAAAAUCCAUUUUGACGAUUUAUUUAAUGGCAAUGAAGAACUUAGUAUCUUGGAAGACGUGCAUGAUAUACAUAAGCGCAAACAGCUACGUGAACACGGGAUAGAUGGGCUGCACGUUGUGGCAGGGAUAUUCUCGGGAAAUUCACCAUUUUUAAGCUUAUCCAUGGUACUUAUUUCUCGGGAGAUACGGGAGGCCCAGAGUUUCAUCCUGGCAGCAAGCGGAAGGAUACAAAACGAGCGCGAGCUCGCCGGCGUAAAGGAUGAACGUGUUUUCCAGCUGUAGGGACGAGAUAUGUUCUUGGAAAAUCGGUGACCACUUUAGAACGAGGCAAACAUGAUUAUCGGUA